AUGCAAGUGCCCAUGAAGGAUGCGAAUAGAAAACAAGAUGAUGGUACGUGUGUAAGAUGUCGGAUAAAAUCAAAGUUUCUUAGUCGUGCUAAUAGAGAACCAUGUAUAUAUUGUUCAAAAAAAUAUUGUCAGAAAUGUUGGAUAGAAAUACAAAGUGGUGAUGAAUAUAGAGCAUUGACAAAGUUGCUGCCAAAACCGCAUGAAAGAAUAUGUCUUCAAUGUGUCGAAACAACUUUAGCUCAUAAAAAGGCAGUGCUUGUUGAUGAGGCGUUGGGCAGCUUCUUAGGAGGACAUAAUAUCAUUGACGAAGAAUUUCAACUGGCUUUGGCAAUAUCAAGAAGCGAAGCGGAAGAGCGUGAGCGUACAACAGAAAAUCAAAAGAGAAAAUAUAAUGAAUUAAAGAUAAAACCAACAGGACAAAAGAUGACAACAUCUCCAUUCAAAGGAACACCCAUGACAAUUCAAAUUAAAGAAUCAAAUCAAGAAUACAGUAUACCACACCCGUCUCACCGAUUACAGCGACAAGUUCAGACCGUAUAUCAAUCUGUAGCAUAUCCGACAUCUUCAACUAUACAUCUUUUGGAUGAAAAAGCAAAUUUAACUAUAGAUAUAUUGUUGAAAAAGACAUCAGAAGCAAUAUCUAGUUUCGUGAAUCGAGCUAAAACAUUGCAAACAUGUGCAACAGAUCUUGAACAGGCUAAAAGUCAAAUAGAAUAUCAACGACAUAAUUUGGAAACGUUACAAGAAAAAUUGACAGCUUUACGUGAUGCUCGUGAGGCUUUAAAUGCGUUACGUCUAGAACAUUUUCAAAGGAGAAAACACAACGAAGAACGAUUAGAGCAACACAGACGAGUUCAACUGAUGCAGAAGGUGGCAGAUAUUCGUCAGUAUAAAAAUGAAUAUAUAAGUCAUAUUCAACACUCUUAUAUGCAAAAACUUUUACAAGAAGAGCAAGAUAUGCAAGUAAGAGUGAGACGGCAACAACAAUUACCGUUUCAUCUAACAGUUGAACAGCAACCUCAAAUGUAUCCACAAAACUAUUCCAAUCAUUCAUCUCCACAACAAAAUCUAGAUAAUAAUCAAAAUCUAGUACAAAAACAGAAUGAUACGGUGAGAAUAUCAAGACAACAAAAUAAUCCAUAUUCUUUUCAUAAUCAACGAGAGCCAUUUUAUAAUAAUAACAUAUCAAUGCUUGACUCUCGUCCAUCACUAUCCCGUGUGAAUCCAAACGAUUGUGAAAACUCAUCUUCGUCUCUAUCGCAUAUUUCUCCAGAAUUAAAUGUUAUGCAAAAUAUUUUUUCGCCACGCAACAGUAUUGAACGUUUGAUUAGAAACGAACCUCGAAAAUCUAAUAUGAUAAAAUCGACUGUGGAAUCUAUUGUAUUAAAAGAAAGUCAGUUAAAUCUAAGACAAGAUUCUUGGAAAGAAAAAGAUGAAUAG